AAUCGAAAGUUAAAAAAUUUCUUCGAAGUGAUGAACUCAAUUCCGAAAGGACCACCAUCGAAUUCCUAAGCAAUCAUGUGAAAUAUCUCGAACAUAAAGCCAGAAAGAAAUUUAAAGAUUCUAAACUCGAAAAAGACGUAAUACUCAAUAGGAUCGAAGAUUUAAAUAAAAAAAUUAAAAAUCUGCGAAAAGAAAAAAAAAAUUUUACUACAGCUUUAAGAAUCGUAAAAGAUAUUAUGAACCAAUUCAAAGAUCCAAAAACAGAGGAAUUGCUUCGACAUAUACAAGAUGAGAUGAAAAAAUCAUUACGGAAUGAACAAAGUCCUGAAUCAGAAUCGAGUUUGGAAGUGUUUGAAAUUUUUGACAUAGAUAUGCAAGAAGUUGAAAUACAAGAUGUUGAAACAAAGAAGACCUGGAAUAAUAUUCUAGAUAACCCUGGUGUUUUAUUAGAAAUUAUUUCAUAUCUAUCUCCAGAGAAUCUUUUCUAUUUCAUGC